CCGUUGUUCGACUCGAAACACAUCACUUGUAGAAUUUUGUCCUUCAUUACCUAUAACCUAGAAAACGUCAUCUCUUUUACGGGACCCUACAAUUUGUACAUUUCAUUCGCUUCUUUGACCCCCUAAGAGUGUUCACUACAAGGUACAUAACAUCUAGUGUUCUCCUUGACUCGAAGCACAAGAAACAACUCGAGAACACAGAAUAAAACCUGCAAUUUCCGAACAUUUAUACAAAUUUGAGAUCGCUGCGCGAUACCUUUCCUUUCGCCAAUCAAAACAGAUAUGCAUAUGAAAUCUGUUCGUGCUGCUGCGCUGGCGGCGGCAGCGACAGUUACGCUGCCAAAAGACAUCAACAUCAAUGACACUUCAUCUAUACGGAGCGUCGCUAGUACACUUGCCUGGGAACUGAUGGCAUGGUAUUCCGGAAAUGUGACAAACACUCCAACAACUAUUGCUGUUUUCCCCGAACCAUACUACUGGUGGGAAGCCGGCGCUGCUUGGGGCGCUAUGUUGGAUUACUCACAUUACACGGGCGAUUCAAGUUACGAUGACGUUAUCUCGCAGGCAUUGUUGUCCCAGGUUGGCCCCAAGUUUGAUUUUAUGGUACCGGAACACUAUGGAUCGGAAGGAAACGACGAUCAAGCCUUCUGGUCUUUUGCCAUCCUCAAUGCUGCCGAGCGGAACUUUCCACAACCCGAAGACAGCAUUCCGCCUUGGCUAGAUAUCGCUGUGAAUAUCUGGAACACCAUGGUUGCAAGGUGGAAUACAACGACAUGUGGAGGUGGACUCCCGUGGCAGAUUUUCGAGUCCAAUCCCAACGGCAUGAGCUACAAGAACAGCGUGUCCAACGGUGGCUUCUUCCAGAUGUCGGCCCGACUAGCCCGGGCCACAGGAAACAACACGUAUCUGGAGUGGGCGCAAAAGGUGUGGGACUGGUCCGAAGCCGUCGGAUUUGUGGACAGCAACUUCAACGUGUAUGACGGGGCUGACGGUAAGAACAACUGCGCCGUCGUCAACAAACUGUCAUUCUCGUAUGCUCAGGGCAUCUACCUGUACGGUGCUGCUGUGCUGUACAAUUACACAGAUGGUAACCAGACAUGGGGUGACCGCACGAUGAGCCUGUUGAAGGCUGCGGACUCAUACUUUAGCCCGUACCCGAAUUCCACGAACGUCAUGUUUGAGCACGCCUGCGAACCUUACGGAUUAUGUAACAACGACAUGAAGUCCUUCAAAGGCUACCUGUCCCGCUUCAUGUGGGCGGCGACUCGCAUGAUGCCCUCGACCCUUCCCCGCGUCCAGACCCUACUGAACGCGUCGGCUGUAGCAGCCGCGAACGCGUGUUCCGGGGGAGAGAAUGGCACGGUGUGCGGACAGAAGUGGUACGUCGGCGGUUUCGAUGGCGUGACGGGUUUGGGUCAGCAGAUGACGGCACUGGAGACCGUUCAAGGCCUGCUCGCGCAGGAAGUGGCCGCGCCGUUUAAGGCUGGCCAGAUCAAGCACGUCAAGGGUGUGGAGAACCCGUCGUCAUCAUCAACGGUGCCGAUUGUGUCCAUGACAUCGACCGUUUUGGCACCAGCUUCUACGUCGACGGCGGCACCUUCGGUUACUGCUACGCCUAGUUCUUCGAUAAAGCUAAGCGCUGCGGGCGGCUCAUUUGUCGACUGGAAACUGACGGCGCUGCUCUUUUUGGGUUCGGGUUCGGUUCUGGGAUUUGCAUGAUUGGAUGAUUUGAUUUUGUAUGAGGCGAGGGCGUGGAAAAUGGG